GGUCUGCAAUACCUGAUUGACUGGGAGGGCUAUGGGCCUAAGGAGCGGUCCUGGGUUCCUGCCCGCUUUGUUUUGGAUCCUGGCCUGAUCUCUGCCUUCCACCGUGACAAUCCGGGUCAGCCUGGUGGAUCGUCAGGUGCCGAUCCUUGAGAGGCCCUACCUGUUAGGGCUCUGCCACUCCUGACUCAGCUCUGACUGCCACUAAUCACAGGAUUGCCUUCACCUGCAUUCUCCCCUUUAUAUUGCUCUGCUCUCCACCUGCCCUCUGCCAGAACGUGUUCAGUCCUGUGCUAUGCCUGGUCUGCUCAGCUCGGUUCUGGUCAACCUUCAAGUUGGCCUGUCUGCCUGCUCGCCUGCUUGCUCUGUUCUGCUCAACCUUCAAGUUGGCCUGCCUGCCCUGCCCUGCUCUGCUCAACCUUCAAGUUGGCCUGCCUGCCCUGCCCUGCUCUGCUCAACCUUCAAGUUGGCCUGUCUGCCAGCCCACCCUACUCUGUUCAGCUCAGCCUUCAAGUUAGCCUAUCUGCCCAGCUCUGCCUCCAAAUCAGCCAGGGUGGUUUUCUUCCCAUGUGUCGAAGUGUUUUUGGGCAACACACUGAACCUCACAUUUCCUCUGGUGGGUAUAGCAGCACCAUCAGUGUGUGAAUGUGUGGGUAGGAUGAUGACUGCAAAGCAAUUUGGGCCUUCAAGGAAGGUAGAAAUGCAUUAUACAAGUAUGCGCAAUUUAACAUUUAUAUAUUUAUGUUUUAAACUUCUUGGUGUACUUUUUUAUUUUUCUAUUUAUUUAUUUUUUUUUAUAUUAUGCCCUCAUAAUAUUGUUUGUUUUUAGACUGCGGGACAUCCAGACGUGGCAGUCCUUUUUUUUCCCAAGUUGAGAAAUGGAUUGAGCAGAAGGAAGAGAGACGGGCUUAUCCCUCCUAUCAAUCAUCCUGAGAAUCACAAUGGACCCUUUCCAUUUAAAAUUGUUCAGAUUCGCUCCAAUGAGGACAAAAAAAAGAAGAUCAUCUACAGGAUCAUGGGUCCAGGAGCUGAUGAAGAUCCUGUAGGACUCUUUACAAUGGACAAAAACACCGGGGACCUCUAUGUUCAUCAGAGACUCGACAGAGAGAAACAAGCAAAUUAUAAGCUGAUGGCACAUGCUGCUGCUGAGUCGAGCACUGCAGAGGAUCCCAUGGAAAUUAUCAUCAAUGUAAUUGACAUGAAUGACAACAGACCUAUUUUUGAAAAGUCAUCCUAUGUGGGAGAAGUUGCUGAAUUCUCACCAAAAGGGACUACAGUGAUUCAGGUUAAAGCCACUGAUGCUGAUGAGCCUGGAAAUGACAACUCGAUUAUCAAAUACACUAUUCUGAGCCAGGAACCAAAGCUGCCCAAUGACCACAUGUUUGCGAUUGACACCAUGAAUGGAGCCAUCAUGGUUGAAUAUGCUGGUUUGGACAGAGAGAUGUAUCCUGAGUACACUCUGGAAAUACAGGCAGCAGAUAUGAAAGGAGAAGGAUUAACUAGAAAAACAAAAGUAGUUUUGAAAGUGACGGACAGCAACGACAACGCUCCAGUCUUUACUGAAUCUACUUAUCAGGGAUCAGUUGAUGAAAACGCAGUGGGGGUUCAGGUUAUUAAAUUGUCAGUAACUGAUAAAGAUGAACAGAACACCCCAACAUGGAACGCCAAGUUCAAGAUUAUCAGUGGAGAUCCUGAGAAGUUGUUUUCCAUAGAAACAGGAUCCAACAAACACGAAGGAAUCAUCAAAACUGCUCAGGGACUGGACUUUGAGAAAAGCAGAACACACACUCUAUCUGUUAUUGUGGAGAACGACGUUCCUUUUGCCGUUGAAGUGACCACCUCCACCGCCACAGUGGUGGUAACCGUGAAGGACGUCAACGAGCCUCCAGUCUUUAAAGAACAGGAGAUGUUUGUUCAAAAGUCUGAGGACCUUCCUGUGAACAGUGUGAUCACAAACUGUGAGGCAGUAGACCCAGACUUUGCACGUGAAAACACUGUGAAGUAUAAAAUAAUUGAUGACCCUGAAGGCUGGCUGAAAGUGGACGAGGAUACAGGGCUGGUGAAGGUGAAAACUCUCAUGGACAGAGAGUCUAUUCGUGUGACGGACAAUAAAUACACGGCGCUCAUCGGUGCUUAUGACAACGAUCCAGUCCCAGCCACUGGAACUGGCACGUUGAUCAUUACGCUUAAAGAUGUCAACGACAACGCCCCAGUAAUUGAAGAACGGAAAGCGAUGGUUUGCAAGAAAGCUCGCAUUCCUACACUGCUGACUGUUUUGGACAAAGACGAAGCCGCUCAUUCUUCUCCUUAUAAUGUGGCGGUACAUGAGAAGUUUCAAGCCAACUGGACGGCACAGAUGAACAAAACCAGAACCGGAAUUGAGUUGUCUUUGAAAAAGUCUGACAUUCCUACAGGAAUUUACAAAGUGAUCCUGACUGUCGCAGACCGCGAUAACCUGGAGCAAGAUAGCUCCAUAAAUGUAGAAGUGUGCGACUGUGCAGAAAAUGGAGUUUGUCUUGGGUUUAGAAUUUUCGGUGAAGAAGCAAUGCCAUCAUAUAUUUGGGGAACACUUGGAGCUGUGCUGCUGCUGCUGGUAAUUGCGAUUUUGGGAUUGUAUGUAUACAAAAGACACAAGGGACAACAGAAAGAGGACGAAAAGGACAAACUACUUAAGGACGAACUAAUGAGAGACAGCAUCUUCCACUACGCUGAGGAAGGAGGUGGAGAAGAUGAUCAGGACUUUGAUCUGAGCGUUCUCCACUAUGGCCUCGACAACAAACCUGAUGUAUUGCGAAGUGACAUGAUGCCUUCGACCAUGUCCCGCCCCACAUACCGAACUUUGCCUGCUAACCCAGAUGAAAUUGGCAACUUCAUUGAGGACAACUUGAAGGCAGCAGAUGAAGACCCUACCGCUGCCCCCUACGACUCUCUCCUGGUGUUUGACUACGAGGGUGGAGGCUCGGACGCUGGAAGCCUCUCAUCUGGGAACUCUAGCAACAAUUUCUAUGCAAUAUGUCGGAUAUGGAACAAUCAGUGA